AUGUCAAACCAACGUCGUACGACCCAACAAACCCCGAGUCCCCUGUCUCCUUUCCAGGGCGACCAAAUCUUGAAUGAAGGCCAAUGGACUACGUUGGCGUCAAUCGUUGACACUUUAAUAUCCCCAGAGACACAGACUAUCGGGGAGAUCACGAAGGAGGCUCAAUUCAAAGCUGCCGUUGAUACUAUCAAGCACCAUACUAACGUUGAAGAUGAAGCUCUAUUGUCUGAAUACUUGGCAGAAUCGGCCACUGCAUGUCCAGAGUUCAGAGAAGCAAUCUACAGGCUGCUCGUGAACCAGAUUCACGAAGAAGGAAGAAAGCAGCUCGUGGGUGUGCUCGAUGCUUUGACUAAUUCCCGUACUUCUUGGCUCCUGACCGGACAUUUAACGCCGUUUGCACAACUCUCCCUGCGCCAGCGAGAAAGGGUGAUUCAAUCAUGGGCCACAGCACGUUUGCAAAUCUUCCGAGCGCUCUUCAGGUCGUUCAGCGAUAUGGCCAAGGCUUACUGGACGCGUACAUCUCCUACACUUGGUCGUAUCUUAUCCUACCCUUAUACCCCUAUCAAUCAUAGCUACGGUCCAGGUUUUGACUUUCCGUUCGUCGUGUUCCCACCACUUCCCAAAGGCUCUACGCUCGUUCCAGCAACCUUCGAAACCGAUGUCCUCAUCAUUGGGAGUGGUUGCACUGGCGCAGUCGCGGCCUCUGUUCUUGCACGUUCUGGAUUAGAUGUUGUAGUGGCCGAGAAAGGCUAUCAUUGGAAACCUAAUCACUUGCCCAUGUCGGAGAAGAACGGAAUGGUCCAUUUGUUUGCCAAUGGAGGCGUUACACUUUCUGAUACUGGUAAGAUGGGGAUCAUAGCUGGGUCAUGCUUCGGCGGUGGAGGCACGGUGAACUGGUCUGCAUCACUCCAACUUCAGCCAUUCGUCCGACAGGAAUUCGCCAGAGUGCACGAUUUGCCAUACUUCGAGAGCUCUGCCUUCCAACAGGACAUGGACGCAGUAUGCGAAACCAUGGGUGUCGGAACUCAAGGGAUCAGACACAACGCCGGAAACCGCAUGCUUCUGGAGGGUGCGAAGAAGCUCGGUAUGCGAGCCAAGCCUGUGCCCCAGAACACAGCCGGGGAAGCCCACCAGUGCGGUUACUGUACUAUGGGCUGUGGGAGCUGCGGUAAGAAAGGACCGACCGAGAGCUGGCUCCCUGACGCUGCUCGACACGGUGCAAAAUUUAUCGAAGGGUUCCAGUGUGAGAAAGUAAUAUUUGCUCAGGACAAAACACAGGACGGAAAGCAGAUUGCUAUCGGCGCUCAAGGUGUGUGGGCCUCUAGAGACGAAUCUGGCGGUGUAUCCGGAGAGGUUUACAGGCGUCCAGUAACAAUCUAUGCCAGGCGUGCCGUGGUUGUAGCUGCUGGAGCACUGGGAGGUACUUCGCUGCUUCUCGAGAGGAGCGGUAUCCAGAAUCCACACCUUGGCAAGCACUUGAAAUUGCAUCCUGUCAACACUCUAUUCGGCGUCUUUGAUGAAGACAUUAUGCCGUGGGAAGGUGGCAUUUUGACCUCGGUUGUCAAUGAAUACGAGAACAUCGACUCAACAGGCUACGGUUGUAAGCUAGAGUGCGUCACAAUGCUCCCAAGCAUGGUACUACCAUUGAUGGACUGGAAAUCUGGUUUGGAGUGGAAGGUACACGCUGCCAAGCUCAAGCAUAUGGCAGGCUGGAUCUCACUUGCUAGAGACCAAGGCGAAGGUGAAGUUUACGCUGACCCAGUGGACAAAUACCGAGUCAGAGUCAAGUACGACACGUCAAAGUCGGAUCAGAAGAAUAUUGCAGUCGGCCUUGUCGCACUCGCAAAGAUCGCCUAUAUCGAAGGGGCACGCGAAAUACACGUCGGUGUUGCGGGCGUACCUCCCUUCAUACGCCAGCCAUCUGUCAAAACGUACUCAUCGGCGAUCGAUGCCAGCCAGGCUGGGGAAAAUACUGGAGUCAUGACCAGCAUAAACGACCCCGACUUCUCACAGUGGCUCUCCCGUCUGGAACAUUUUGCUGUCAAAGGGCUGCCAGGUGAUGCUGGGCAGGUGUCAGCUCACCAGAUGGGCACGGCAAGAAUGGGUUCCUCGCCCACGAAUAGCGUUGUGGACUCGCGAGGCGCUGUGUGGAACACACAAUCUCUCUUUGUAGCUGACACAUCUGUGUUCCCAGGAGCAAGCGGAGUGAACCCGAUGAUCACAGGUAUGGCGAUUGCCAGAGGUGUUGCUCGAGGCAUCGUCGAAGAUCUAGGUCUUGCACCCACGCAUCAGUCACCAAAAGCAAAGCUGUGA